CGCGGCGGCAUGCAACCCCGAAUCAUCGCGUCAUGUGUGGAAAGGUAACACGGUCCUGUACUGCUGUCUAGAUGCCCGCCCACCACCAUCUUGAUGGACGAGACUGGCAGCGCUGAGCCCCAGACGCCAACCUCUGAGGGACCCGGCUCGCCUACUACGCCCACGCAAAAGAGCAGCAAUGCAUCGGCCGCAUCCGCCAGGGGGGAUUCAGUAGAAUCGCACGACUUUCCCAACCCGACUCUGACCGUAAUACGAGGCUUUUCGCGCAAGAAUUCGACUGCAUCGCUGGCAUCACAAGAUGUACCGCCGCCCCCACUGCCACCGCGACCGGCCAUGGGGCUGCUAUCGCGACCCUCGACGUCGCACUCGAUGGCGCCUUCAAGACCGCAGCUCCUUUCCAAGGCUACUACUCAGCUGUCCAUCGCCAACACGCAGGCCUUUGCUGCCGACCCCAAAGAUGCCUCGCCGACGUCUACAGCGCCCAGGUCGCGCAACUUUGGGAGCAUCAGCAUGGCCACUCGCAAUAUCAACGAUGCCGACGACGGCGCAAGCAUACGCAGCUAUGCGCCUACAAUCGAGGCGGGAGGAUACCAGGAGAGCAUACUGGGCGAAAUCAUGGGCCCAACAGAAAAGUCGGAGCAGGAAGAGUCGCUCCUGCGGUCUCUAGGGCAGAAGUUUGCCGACGCAGAGUCGCAAAGCAUGUUCCCACCAGAUCCAGACUUUGAAGCUGCUUUCAGUCGCGAGUUUGACGACAUUGACGGCUUAAACGCUGACGGUUCAAACGAAGAAACGAUUAUGCUCCAAUGGCGCGCAAAACUCAAGCAUUUCCUCAUCCUCUCCAGUGCCGGCAAGCCCAUAUACAGUCGCCACGGCGACGACCAAUUGAUUACAAACUAUAUUGGCGUUGUACAGACCAUUAUAUCCUUCUACCAGUCCACUCACGAUACUCUCCGAGGCUUCACUGCCGGUGAUGUACGCUUCGUCGUCAUGACCAAGGGCCCGCUCAAUCUGGUCGCCAUUACGCGGUUGGCAGAGAGCGAUGCUCAGCUUCGCUCACAGCUCGAGGCACUCUACAUGCAGAUUCUUUCGACCCUUACGCUGCCUAGUAUGGAGCGCAUGUUUGCAGCACGGGCAAACUACGACUUACGCCGCCCCUUGCAGGGAACAGAAACCCUUUUGUCUGCACUAGCAGAUGGUUUCACUCGAGGAUCUCCUUCGACACUACUGUCGGCCCUUGAGUGUCUAAAACUGCGCAAGUCUCACCGUACUGCCAUCAACAACACGUUACUCAAAACGCGCUCGGAGAACUUGCUCUACGGCCUGAUUGUAGCAUCUGGUAAGCUUGUGUCGGUAGUACGACCCAAAAAGCAUAGUCUGCACCCAGGUGAUCUUCAUCUCAUCUUCAACAUGCUGUUUGAAGCCGGCAGCGUCAAGGCUGGCGGGGGUGAAAAUUGGAUUCCGCUCUGCUUGCCUGGCUUCAACAACACAGGCUAUCUGUACAUGUAUGUCAGCUUCCUGAAUCUAGAAGACCCGACGGAGCAUAUGCAGGAGCGGCCUCGCACGAGCGACGGCGCGGACGAUGAAGUCGCGGUCCUUUUGAUUAGCGCGGACAAGGAGAGCUUCUUUGAGCUCCGACGCAUGAGGGAUGAUUUAAUCGAGUUUUUCGGCUUCGGAGACUGCGUUCCCCGACACCGCCUCUCCUCAAGACACCGACCUGAGCUCUCCGGGGUGGUGAUUGCAUUUCGGACCCGACCACAACAUCGCUCACCUCCCUUUUCCUUUGAUCGGCCCUGUCCAGAAAAUUUACCAUGUUAUUAGUAUUCACGCAUGGCCACCCUCAUCUGCCUGCAUCUCUCUCUCUAUUUUUUAAUCUAUAUCGACAUGAUAAACGGAAGGAUAUAGAAGAAGCAUACGCGCUAACGGGUGGUUCCGCAGAACUUGCAGCGCAUCGGGGCUAUCGACGCGAUACGCAGCGCGG